AUGUUUCCAGGUAACUCGCACGCCACCUACAACAACCAGUACCAGCCGCCAUCUGGCCCUCCACCAUCGCAGCAGUACUCGCGGCCUGCUGCGCCACCUCCAAACUGGGGCCAGCAGCAGCAACAGCAGCCACAACAGCAGGCCCAGUACGGACGUGCACCUGCCCAGGAACCACCAAUGCCCUCGUUCAGCAUGCAAACCCAGCAAGUGAACGGAUCGGGCCCUGUGCAGCAGUUUCAAAACUCUGCGUGUAAUGGUACAAAGAAGGCUCUGUUGAUCGGUAUCAAUUACAUUGGAACCAACAACGCCUUGAGAGGCUGUAUCAACGACGCGCACAACAUGUACAACUAUUUGACCCAGGCCCAGGGAUACAAGGCCGAGGACAUUGUCAUGUUGACAGACGACCAAAGAGAGUUGGUCAAGGUGCCAACCAAGGCCAACAUGAUCCGUGCCAUGCAGUGGCUGGUGAAAGACGCUAAGCCUGGAGACUCCCUGUUCUUCCACUACUCGGGACACGGUGGUCAGGAAGAGGACCAGGACGGAGACGAAGAAGAUGGGUUUGACGAUUGUAUCUAUCCUGUGGACUUCCAACAGUCUGGAUCUCUGAUCGACGACGUCAUGCACGACAUUAUGGUGAGACCGCUACCGGCUGGUUGCAGACUCACGUGCAUCUUUGACUCGUGCCACUCGGGAACGGUGUUGGACCUUCCUUUCUGCUACAGAGCCCAGGACGGAGGUAUCAAGGAGUACAAUAUCUGGAAAGAGAGCUCUGGUGACGCCAUGAACCUGGUCACCGGUUACCUGACCAGAAACCCAGCCAUGAUGUUCAGCUCUGUCAGCAGUGUUUUCAAGCGUGUCAAGGCAUCCACGGGCAACCGCGCCGAGGAAAUCAAACGAGCCAAAAUGUCGCCAGCAGAUGUGAUCAUGUUCUCUGGCUGCAAGGACUCGCAGACCUCUGCCGACGCAAGCGAGGCCGGAACCUUUACUGGAGCUUUGAGUUACGCUUUCAUCAAGGUGAUGUCGCAGUCGCCCGUGCAGAGCUACUUGACUUUGUUGCAAGGAAUCAGAAACGUCCUUGCCCAGAAGUACACCCAGAAGCCCCAGCUGUCCUCGUCGCACCAGAUCGACCCUAACAUCCGGUUUAUUAUGUAA